AUGGACAGCCCGCUCCUUUCCCCGGCAAAGGCACGUCAAGCAGCCAUUCAGGCCAAAGACUGGGCAUAUGUGAAUUCCUGGCUAAGUCGCCAAUACUCACCGAAUGCGGUGCCGAACUUUGAACGAAAUGAAGAUACUUUGCGCACACUUUUAGCUCUUGCUGCUGCUAACGACGCAGCGGACGAAGAGGCCUCAUUGCUCCACCGUGCGCGCGAGGAAGCGAUUCGGGAAUUCAGAGCGCGGGAGGAAACUGAGGAUAAACAGAAAAAAGAACUACUGGAUGAGCUGGAGCUUUGUCUCGGUGAGAAUGGAAAACAAAAUCUCGACGAUUUGGCGGAGACGACUGCUGUCCUGGGGGCUCUACGCACAGAAACCAAGGACCUUGGUCAGUCGAUCAUUGAGCUCACAAUAGAGGAGUUUGAUGCUCAGCAGGAAAUCUCCAAGGUUGACAUGCUUCAAAAAUACCUGGAAAAAGAGCUGGCCGCUCUACAGGAACAACUUGAUCAACUCAAGUCCGAUCCUACAUAUGAAGUACCUGCAGACCUUCCAGCUCUCACCGCGGAGUGGUCGAGGAGUACCAAAAUGCUCACUGCAAAACUCAGUGAGUACCAUGAUAGGCUAGCGACGUUGGGAAGAAUCAGCAGCAAAGGUCCUACGAUUGAAGACUUGGUCACAGAAGAGAAGCAAAUAAGCCAACUAAAAGACACCAUCCGGAGUCUGGACCACCGAUUAGAGAUGUUCCAUGAUCUGCCAAAGGACGUCCAGGGCGCUCGGGCACAAUACAGACGGCUCGAGCGAGAAUUGAACCAGCUCAUUGAGCGACGGGACUCAAUGUUUGAGAGUUUAGUGGACAAGAGAUGA